AUGCCGUGUUCACCCGGAAGGGCAGACCAAUGCGGGGCACCUGACCCCGGCGGGGCACAAUUGGAGGGGGUGGGAAAAAGAAGAGGGAGGGAGAGAGGGAGAAGAAGCUCAAGGUUCAGUAAAUCCAAAGAAACGCGUGGGGAGCUCUGGAGAGCUGCCUCCGGUCCAAUCACCGCCCGGAAUGUGCCCACGUUCCCUCUAUCGCCGAACGACAACGCUUCAAUUCGCGGGCUUCAUGGCCAACGUACUUACCGCAGGCAUCUUUCUUCAUUCCAUUCCAGUCUUGGCGGUAUCACCCCUGCGUUGUCCCACAUGCAGCCAAUCACUUCUGCUGCCGAGACAUGCAGGAUAUACUUUGCUUACAAGGAAUCAAUGGCUAAUUGCGUUAUCGUACUUCCUUCUCAGGCUCUUACGUUGACCCAUCAAUCCCUCCUCCCCAUCAUGUCUGUUGGUCAUGAUCUACAGGGGACUCGGUUGAUCUGA